AUGCGGCUCCUAAACACUAGUUCACUUCGCCUAGAAGAGUUCAUAGGCCAGGACAGGCCCGAAUAUGCAAUUCUCUCCCAUACUUGGGGUGAUGGGGAAGUUCUGUUCCAAGAUAUUCAAAAUCAACAGGAUUCGGCAUGGGAACAGAAACGAGGAUUCAAAAAGGUCAGAGAAAGCUGUCGCCGGGCCAAACUGGAUGGAUAUAAAUACAUCUGGAUCGACACGUGCUGUAUAGAUAAGAGCAGCAGUGCUGAGCUCUCCGAAUCCAUAAACUCUAUGUUUGCAUGGUAUGAAUCUGCGUACGUUUGUUACGCAUUUCUAGAAGACAUUCACGACCUAGCCGGCCUUCCCCAAAGCCGCUGGUUUACUCGUGGGUGGACGCUACAAGAACUAAUUGCGCCGAACGACGUUCGUUUCUAUAAUAAAAGAUGGGAGCUACUAGGUGACCGCUAUACACUUUCCUCUCAAAUAGCAAAACGAACUGGAAUCGACGUAAAUAUGCUGACAUUGAAUCACGCCGUUGACAAUAGGCCCUGGAAGGAACACAAACUAGGUUAUUACGAACGAGUUUAUGACGGACGUUAUGAUUUAGGUAAUUGCACAAGUUGCGGCGCUUGGAACCAAUCUAUCGGUAGUGUAGUCGCAAAUUACUGUGUAGCACAGAAGAUGAGUUGGGUUUCCUCAAGACAAACGACUCGAGCAGAAGAUAUGGCAUACUGUCUACUCGGUAUCUUCAAUGUUAAUAUGACCCUGAUAUAUGGAGAGGGCUUCAGAGCAGCUUUUCGUCGACUACAGGAGGAAAUCCUCAAGCGGUCGGAUGAUCAUACAAUAUUAGCUUGGUGCACCCAAUCUAAUUUGGAUGUAGACGAUGGCGUCCUAGCGACCGCUCCGUCGCAAUUCCGACUAGGCGACUACCAUAUUCGAUCAAUGUGGCCACCCUAUCGACCGCCAAAUCGCACACUGCAAGUGGGACCAGAUGGUUUGUCUCUGACAGCAAUUUUAUUCCCUGUCCCUAAAGAAUUAAGACGGGGCCCGAAAAAUUCGGCGCUCGCAGUUCUGGACUGCGUCAUGGGAAACGACUUAACUUCCAGGCCUGCCCUCCUCUUGGAGAAAUUACCUGGCGGUGAAAACAUGUUUUACCGAAGUACCUCGGACACCAUUUACACUGUCGAGCCCUCUGGCCAGGUGGGGGCUAUUGCUCCUGCUGCUGGCUCGAAAUAUAUAUAUAUUGACAGUUUCAACAUUGAAGAUCCUUCGAUAGAGAAAAUCAACAUUGUGCCUCGGUACCUUUCUAGAAGAACCAUGGCUAUCUCUUCAUGGCCUAUGAUGUCAAGGAUCUCACAGUUCUAUCAAAGCAACAUGGAUGGCUACCAAUACAGAAUCGUAGACUCCGCACCGCGAUGGAUUGACAGUCGUUAUCGAACUUUACCAGGCGGCUUCUUCUCAUAUGUUGUAGCUUUCGAAAACAAAUCUUCGGCCUUCUUCUUAAUAUGGGACAAUUCGGAGAAACACCAAUGUGCUAUAGUACCUCUAGUUGACAUGCUCCUCUAUAUCAAGGAUAAAAUAGAGGAGGAUGGGCUUGAAUGUACGGUAGUGGAUAUUAUGACGACCCUAAAAACGAAUCCACAAGGCCAACUAGAAGACGCCACGAACUUUUUGACUCUAAUCCCUAACCGCCCAUUGAUGAUAUAUGGACCCGAUUCGCAUCGAUUUGAAGUCUCAGCCAACAUUGGACUUACUUCUUUUCUGGGUUCCAACGUUGUUGAAGUCAAAGUGAACAUAGAAGGACUCGGGGAAGAAAAUUGA